AUGAGGAGGACAUCAGUACUACCAUCAUCACUAUGGGCUGUCAUAUCAAUUAGCUCACUACUACCACUGCUUCUCUACCCUCAAGCGAUUUUAGCCCACGAUAACGACCAACUCAUAAAUGACAUCCACAAUGCAGAUUUAUCUCAUCUACAGGGCCAUCGAGACUACUACGCCAUAUUAAUCUUCACAUCAUCAAACCCUGUGCAUGAUUGUAAACCUUGUGAACAAGUAAUUCCAAUGGUUGAACAAGUUUCCACUACGUAUUUGGCAAAGUAUGCAUCCUCCUUAAUUUCUAUGCGAUUUUUCAAUAUCGAUUUGAAUGAUAGAUCCAAUGCUGCCAUUUUUAGAAAGUUGAAGAUGGAUGAUAUACCUCACGUAUGGUUAGUGCCACCAAGUAGUAGUGACUAUAGUGGACUGGGGGUCAAUGAAGAUGGUACAAUUGAGCAUAUUUUUGAUAGUCCGCAUUUAGAGUAUCCUUUGAGAAAAGCAUCUCUUGAGAGACAGGUGGCUGAGUUUGCGAAGUUUUUAAGUGAAGUAUUGAUGAUUGACUUGCAUGUUGACGAUGCAGUAGGUCCAAACGCCGAUGGUGUGCAGAGCUCAUUGAGUACAUUUGCAAAGACAUUUAUCAUUACAUUUACAACCGUUGUAUUGAUCAAAAAGAAGGGUCCCAGUUUUAUAUCAAACACGCCGAAAAGAGCCAUUAUGUGCUAUUUUGCAAUCACGGUCAUACUUUUAUGUAUUGGAGGAUCUCAAUUUUCAAUACAACGUCAAUCACCAUUCAUUGCUAAAGAUGAUGCCACUGGGAAAUUGGUUUUCAUAAGUGAAGCAAGUGUACAUUAUCAAUAUGCAAUUGAAAUUUUCAUUGUUGCUGCAAACUAUGCAUCGUUGGCGGCAUCAGUUGUAAUUUUGAUCAAAUUGGGUAGUUAUAAAGUGACAGAAUCGAGUAAAAUUAGAGAUGAAAAUUUACGAGUGUGGCUGAUUAUUUUGGUGUCGUUGGUGAUUUAUUGUUUGUAUAGCUGUCUUACUAGUAUUGUGUUGAAGAAGGAUCCGGGGUAUCCUUAUUCAUUGACAAAGAUGUUUUAA